AUGCCGCACACGACCGUCUCGAGUAUCGUGAAUCUGCGCGACAAGUUCUCUCGCCCAGAGAAGGACAGGAUUCCAAACGAACUCAAGCGCGCUCUCUCACUGCUCAAUCUCACCUCACUCACGAAGCUCGAAGAGCGCUUUCUCGCAACUACCGCCUUUCUCGUACCCUGGGCGGUGUUUCGCGACUCUUGCUUGCUCGUCAAUGACUCUCGUGCCAGCGAGCCAACCCUCAUCUCACGGCUCGACAUCCUCUGGUUCUAUACCCAGUUCGACGAGAGCUUGUGCCGCCAUGAUCCGCGUAUCGCAAAGCCUGGUGCGCACUUCGAAAUCGACAAGAGCGAGUGGAGCCAUGCAGAACACGAAAAGCACCUGUACGCUUGGCUGCUACAAACGUUCUGUGUGGGCAAGGUGUACAGCCCGUUCGGCUUCCGGUACUUCGAGCUGCGCAACGUUUGCACGGCGUGGGUGGAAGUGUUUGUACCGAUCAUCAACGCGGUACGCGCAAGCUACAGCGUGAAGGGUCGUAGACACUACGGGCGCCUCGCGCUGUUCAUCGAAGACAGAUGCCCUAGUCGUCUUGCAUUUCCUGAAGGCAACGUCAGUAUGCCUGCUGGGGUCAUGAACUCGCCAACACCGUUUCGAAUUAUUUCCAGGCAAACGCACCUCCGCGGCGCAAGCCAGACUGUGCUAACGAAGAAGAGCUGCGACGAGACCGAGAGGGAGUUGCGCGAUGUGUACCCACAGUACGGUGGCUUGGUCGAGCGUCCGAGAUUCAAGCAUAAGAUGGACGACUGGCUUGAGCUUCAGCGAGAGCGCGCUGCACACCGAAAGACAAUCGUGAGGCCGGAGGUAGUGCAGUAUGUACCAAAAUACCAACCUGAGGUUGUGCAAGGGUCCCAACAGGUCUCUGCUGGCAGGUCGCCAAUGAAGUCGACUUUGAAGAAGAAGGGAAGUACGAGCCCGAUUAAGCAAUACGCAGACGGUUUCCGCCGCUCCCUCUCCAUGAACAUUGGCAGCAACCGCAUGGGCAGGACCGAGCCGCAGUCGCCUCUUUCGCCCACUCCACAGGAACCAAAGAGCCCUCUGCAUGGCGUAACUCGACAGAUCGAGAUCCCCGAGGAUGAUGAGAACGACGCUGAUAGCAGCGAAGCAUGGCCUCUGCCUGCGACUCGUCUACCGCGCCCGAGGCUGCCGGAGCAACGGUUCUCCGAACAGAGCUCGUACACGACCAUCCACCACUCGAGCCCGUACGGCCAUGGCACACCUGACAACGCAGUCGAAGGAUCACAGCGAUUGAGCGUAGAAACCGAGGACCCUGUCUGGUCGCCAAUGGGAGCCCCGAGUGCCAUUCCACGUCCGCUCAACAAAGUCCGCUCAGAAACCAAGGCAUCGAGCCCGCAGCCAUUGCUGGAAGUAAAGAAGUCGGUCUCAGAGGCUCGGCAUCCCAGCUACGAGGGUAACGGCUACCAGGAAGAGAUCAGCUUGACAAACCUGCAUGCUCGACAAGCCAGCGCAGGCAGCCUGUCUGUCAGCAGCGAUGCGGUUCCACCCAAGCCACGCAGUCGCCUGCCUGCUCCCAUCAAACUCCCUCCUCCAUACGUGAACCAGCAUGAGCUGCGCGUUGCAUCCGAUAACACCUAUCGCAACGACGUCGUGCCAAAGGCUUCAACUGCCCCCUGGCCCCCUGAAGAUAGUAACCCAACAGCGUGGCCGAGCAACAACAAACCAUGGGGGCGUCGCGUGGAGCUUUCGUCCGAGAUCGCACCACCCAUCCCCGCAAAGAGUCCUGAGCGCAGGGCAGCAAAGCGCGGUCUCAGGUCUGAGCAGCUUGUGCGUGAACACAGUCCCGAUCCUCAAGGCUUGACCCACCCUGCUUUGCGCGACAACAGGACCGAAUUUGAGAUGCUACGCAUCGUUUCGAAGGAGAAUAUUCGCGCUGCCCUCGGCGACCUGACGCCAGAAAGCUCGAUUGAAGAUCUUCGUGCUCGUGCAAAGGCGCCAUCGCGUGUCGCAAGCCCGCCUAGGCUCGAGACAUACAACAGUCAUAUGUUCCCGAGAAAGGAUGCGCGUCCCAACGGGCCUUGAUACUGGUGAGGGUAAGCAUGAAGCAGAUGUUAGUGUUGUUCAGCAGAUGGGAAACGGGUGACUUCAUGGCAGAUGAUGCAUAGAAGUUGGGAGAAGGGACUUUGGUCAGACAAUAAUGUCAGAGGAGUCUUGUGUCGGGUGAGACCUGCCCCAGGAGUA